CCACAAAGUGCUGGCGUGCGGCGACGUGACCGGCCGGCCGCGUGGGUGCCCGCGGGAGCCAACGAGGGAGCGGGCGAAGGACGCGACCGGGCCCUGGGCCUCGCGAAAUUCCAGCCUCGCCGCCGCGUCACGCACACGCUCGCCGCCGGAGCCGCGCAUAACGGCUUCAGAAUACUGGAAGAGAAGUAGAUUCUAGCAGAAAUACCACCUGUUAUAUUCAAAUACUCAUUUAUACUCGAAGUAAUAUAAAGAGCAGAAUCCUAACAACACAUCUAUUUGUCAAUUUAAUCCAGCCACUCUGUUUCUUCAGAUUCUGGAACAAGUGUGUGGAAUCCACUGCUAAUGUUGCCAGUAAGAGGCCAAGUAAUUAAGGACUAGAAGAUACUUGGAUUUGAACUGCAUUUUGGAAUUCAUCUACCCUUAAAAUGCCACCAGCAGUUGGCGGUCCAGUUGGAUACACCCCCCCAGAUGGAGGCUGGGGGUGGGCAGUGGUAUUUGGAGCUUUCAUUUCCAUCGGCUACUCUUAUGCAUUUCCCAAGUCUAUUACUGUGUUCUUCAAAGAAAUUGAAGAAAUAUUCCAUGCCACCAGCAGUGAAGUGUCAUGGAUAUCCUCCAUCAUGCUGGCUGUCAUGUAUGGUGGAGCUGACUACAAACCAGAGGUUUGCUGUUGCAAUUCCGAGCUGCCAAAGAGCUUGAAAACCACUUGCAUUUUGCAUCAAAAAUACAUCAAGAAGCUUAUGAGCAUCCAUUACCAAGGUCCUGUCAGCAGUAUCCUCGUGAAUAAAUAUGGCAGUCGUCCAGUCAUGAUUGUUGGUGGCUGCUUGUCAGGCAGUGGCCUGAUUGCAGCUUCCUUCUCUAACAGUGUACAGGGGCUUUACUUUUGUAUUGGAGUCAUUGGAGGUCUUGGGCUUGCCUUCAAUUUGAAUCCAGCUCUGACCAUGAUUGGCAAGUAUUUCUACAAGAAGCGGCCAUUGGCAAAUGGACUGGCCAUGGCAGGCAGUCCUGUGUUCCUUUCUACCCUGGCCCCCCUCAAUCAGGCUUUCUUCGGUAUCUUUGGCUGGAGAGGAAGUUUCCUAAUUCUUGGAGGCUUACUACUAAACUGCUGUGUGGCUGGAUCCCUGAUGCGACCAAUAGGGCCCCCCCCAGCCAGUGCAGAGAAAUAUCAGCCUUCAGAAACCAUUGAGGAAGCUGGAAAGUCUGGUUCAAAAGUGGCAGGUGAUGCAAAUACAGAUCUCAUUGGAGAAAACCCCAAAAAGGAGAAAAAGUCAGUAUUGCAAACAAUUAAUCAAUUCCUGGACUUUUCCUUGUUCACUCACAGAGGCUUCUUGAUAUACCUCUCCGGAAAUGUGAUCAUGUUUUUCGGACUGUUUGCUCCUUUGGUCUUUCUUAGUAAUUAUGGCAAGAGUCAGCAUUACUCUAGUGAGAAGUCUGCCUUCCUUCUUUCCAUUUUGGCUUUUGUUGACAUGUUUGCCAGACCAUCUAUGGGACUUUUAGCCAACACAAGGUGGAUAAGACCUCGAGUUCAAUUUUUUUUUGCUGCUUCUGUUGUUGCAAAUGGACUGUGUCACAUGGUAGCACCUUUGACUAACAGCUAUAUUGGGCUCUGUAUUUAUGCUGGAGUAUUUGGGUUUGCAUUUGGGUGGCUCAGCUCAGUAUUGUUUGAAACACUGAUGGACCUCGUUGGACCCCAGAAGUUCUCCAGUGCUGUGGGAUUGGUGACCAUUGUGGAAUGCUGUCCCGUCCUCCUAGGGCCACCACUUCUAGGUCGUCUCCAUGACAUUUACGGAGACUACAAAUAUACGUACUGGGCCUGUGGCAUAGUUCUCAUUUUCGCAGGCAUCUAUCUCUUCAUUGGCAUGGGCAUCAAUUAUCGAAUGACUGAAAGAGAAAAAUUGAGGGAGCAGGAAAAUGAGAGUAAAGAGGAAGAGGCCGGUGUACAGGUUGAGACGCCAAAAACAAUUACCAACACAGCGGAAUCACCAGAGCAGAAAGGCACCGAAGGAAGCCCCAAAGAGGAGGAGAGUCCAGUCUGAGCCUGUGGGGCUGAAGGGUAAAUGGAGCAGCUUGUGACCCAAGAUAUCUGAAAUGUUCUACUGGCCGUAAUCUCCCAGUGGUGCUCAAUGCAAAUAGUGGACAUUCGUGUGGAAAUCCUACCAGGUGUUCCUUGAUGGAAUUUUUGUUUCACUCCUUACCAUUAGUCCAAAUUUAACAUGCCAUAUCCUUUGGGGAGGGAGUGGUUGGGAAAGAAUGAAGGGAGAAGUCGGGUAAUUUUUUUUUUAAUCUUAGCUUUUAACAGUGUCAUGAAGAUUAUAAUAUGUGCCUUAAGUUUUAGUCUUUAGAAUCUUCAAGGAUCCUUAACUUUUCAAACCACGCUGCUGAAUUCAUCUAUUUUAAGUGUUCCAUUACAAAGAAAAAUAACUUGAUCGAAGCAAAUCUAAAAUUUAAAACUAAUCUUGCUUCAGUGUUAUUUGUAACAUAUUGUCAUACAUUAUCACUGAAGGACUGAAUAGAAAUCUUGGCUGAAAGUUGGGGGUUUUCUAGAAUCCUAGCUGAAAUAUUUUCCUAGCAUUAAUAUUUGCCUGGCAUGUGUACCUGCCUGCUAUAUAUAUAUAUAUAGGAAACUUAAGGCAUAAAAUUUUGGAAAUAUCUUGUCUUUCUAGACACAUUGUAUUCAUCAACACCCCAUCUGGUUUCUCUCCUUAGGAUGUUUAUUAGAAGUUCUUGAUUUUAUUAAAUAACUAUUUCUGCACCCCUUUCAAAGACAUAUUUUGAGUGCUUAUAGAUCACUGUCCCUUUUGAGAUCACUUAGUAUUUUUUUUCCACUGUAAAAGUUAGUAUUAAAAUAUGCAAAACUAUAUGUUUGUGCCCCCUUAGUAAAUCCAACAUCUCUAAUUAAAUGUAGACAGAUAUUUCAAACAGCAGCUGAACUCAGCUUAGGUUUUUCUAAAACUCAGUUAAACCAUGAGACUUAGAAUCUUUUUGUUACUGUUUUUCCUGGAAUUUUCCCCUUUGAUUCAUAGUGGCUCCACUCAUAUCUACGUCUAGCUUAGAGCUGUGUGUGAGAUUCUGGUUCUUUGUGUGCUUCAUUGUUUUUGUUGUUGGUUUUCUUUUUCUUUUUUUCAUGUUUGCUGGUUUAAAAGAGCCAAAGAGAUUUGGCCCCAAGCAAACAUAUGAGGAUAAGAUUGGAAGGGAAGUUGCUGAGUGUUUUUAGUUCAAUAAAUAACUCCUUUUUUUCUGAGAAGUUUCUUAAAAUUAUGUUUUCGUUAGAAUUAUUGGACACAUUCGUAAGACACAUUUUCACCACAUAAACCUAAAAAUUUUGUGACUCAUUUCACUUAUUUGAAAAGUAAAGAAAUGGAUUUAGUGUAAGGAUAGAAGGGAAGACGGACCAGAAUGAAAAUGAAAUAUUUUUUAAACUAAUAUCUUUUAAAUUGAGGUAGAACAAUGACAUUCAGUGACUUAUAUAUUGUAUUAAAUGUAUUUUAAAAUAUUGUUGUAAUUGACAGAGUGAAAGUAUAGAUAAAAGCCUUGUGUAAGAGGCUGGCUUUUCCAAAUAAACUUUUUUUUCCUUUUUUUUUUUAGAAAUGUUUCUUCCUCCAAAUGUUUUAUUUGAGGAAGACAUUAUUGUCUUUAUUUUCAUUAUUAAGAUACCAUUUGACCCUUGCUAAUAUUAAAUUAAAUCAUUUGGCUUAUGUGCUUUGA